AUGUCAGCGUUUGCUGAAUUAUUUCAACAAUUAAGGGAAAUAUCCAAAACAAGUCAGACAGGUUUGUUCUCAAACAAUCCCGAUUAUGGAUCUUCCAAAGCAAUAGAUGGGUUGAACAACUAUAAUAUAGAUGCUUGCAAAUGUUGUAGCGUGACAGCGGAUGCGAAUCCUCCAAUUUCGUGGUGGCAUAUUGAUCUGAAAAGGAAGUACAUUGCGUAUGGAUUGGAAAUAUUUGGUAGAGAAAAGAUAAAUGAAGGUAACAAUAACCAAAUUCAGAAUGCUAAAAUCUACGCUAGUAAUUCAAGUAUGGAGGACAGUAUUGACACAGGGUAUUUGCUAUUCGAUGUGCCAACCAUUGAUGUCACUACACAUUUCAUCAAACAUCUACAGAGGCCAGUUAUAGGCCAGUAUUUCAUUGUCCGCAUAAACAAUACACUACUUGCAUUGUGUGAAAUAAUCGUUUAUGGAAAAGGUAACUGCAACGUUGGAAGUUUUGGGCUCUCUUGUACAUCUAAAUGCCACUGUGAAGACAAGAUGUCUUGUCACCCAUGGACUGGAUAUUGCCAAACACCCGGAUGCAUGCCUGGAUGGAAAGUACCAUCUUGUGAUAAAGAAUGUACAGCUGGGAAAUUCGGUCGUGAUUGUAGCCGAACGUGCUCCAACAACUGUCUUCAUGGUGUUGAUCAGUGCAGCAAAAUAUCUGGAAAAUGUCAGAGUGGCUGUGUGGCUGGAUUUAAAGGGCAUAACUGUUCGACUCCAUGUGAGACAGGACGAUUUGGUGUAAAUUGUACUUCGUACUGCAGUAUCCAUUGCUUUAAAGGAAUUGAACAAUGUAACAAAUCAUCGGGUAUAUGCAAGGCAGGUUGUGAAGCAGGCUAUAUGGGCAAUAAUUGCUCAACAGUUUGUCCUGAUGGUCAGUAUGGUAGAGAUUGUACAGGAAAUUGUAGUGAGAGUAAGAACGGUAAAGCUGCGUGUAACAAAGCAACAGGAUAUUGCAUGGACGGCUGCAAUCCUGGAUUCACCGGACCUAAAUGUUCUCGUGUUUCAUGUUAA